UCUCUAUCUACUUAUUAUCUAUCAUCUCUCCUUGGCAGUCGGCAGACCCUCGUAAUCAUCGCAAAUGGGGAUUCUCUCUUGGUGGAAAGGCAACAAGGAUUCUGCGUCAUCAGGUGUGAAAACCACCGACUCCAAGGCUAUUGUGUCGGUGGAGAAAGCAGCGGAAGAAGUUCCAGCCAUGAAUGGUGCUGUGGAGGUGUUACGACCUGCCCUAGACGUCGACGUCACGGUUUUCGAAUUUGGUUCUGUUGCUGUUUCGGCUGAUAAGGUUACUCUUGCCGGAUAUUGUCCCGUUUCCGACGACUUCGAGCCCUGCCGUUGGGAGAUUCUGCCGGCCAGCGGAUCUGAUGCACCUCAAUUUCGCGUGGUGUUUUGAUGGAGAUAGGAGAUGGUAUUUUUUGAGUAUGGAUCUUGUAAGUUGAGUCCUUUUGUUUAUGUACAAUUUCGUAAAAACCCUAGAAAAAACCCUAAUUUUGGUGCUAUUUUAUAUCAUGUUCUUAUCCAUCC